AUGAAAAGAAAUAAAAGUGAACAAAUCCAUAAUAAAGAUAGAAGAUAAACUUUUGAGGCUAAAAGUUCAAAUAAGCUGAGAAAACUAAUGUAGGAAAAUGGAAAUAAGAAGGCAAAUUUUAUUGAAAUACAUGAUGAAGAGUAUAUAGCUUAGAAUGAUUAGUAGGAUUAUAAUGAUCUAGAUAAGUGGAAAAAAGAUCUUCUUUUAAAAGAAAAUGAUGAUAUGAGCGAUAAAUUAAAGUAGAGAUUUUAGCACAUAUAGUCAUUAAAAGAAGAUAUUUAAAUGCCAGAGCUUAAUUUUGAUGUAAUUGACUCAGUAAUGAAUCCUAAAUAUUAUUAAGAUGAAGAAAUAGUUUAAAAUUAAGAGUAGACGCCCAGCAUAAUAUGCAAUUAUUCCUUAUAAAAUGCCAUUGAAAAAGCAAGAAAAAGUGUUCUUUUAGGCUAAGAUUUCAAUGUGUAAGAUAUGAAAGUAAACAGAAGUACUUUUUAUGCCUAAGCUAAGAAUGAAAAUUUUACAGAUUUCAUUAAUGAAUAACAAGAUUAAAUCUCACAAAGUAGUAAAAGAAAAAGUGUUUCAAAAACACUUUAAACUCAACCUGAAUAGCAAUCAGGCUCUCCUAAAUCACCAACUCCAAAAGUAUUAGAAAAAUAAUUUAGUAAAAUUAACAGUCAGAGUUCUAUUUUUUUACAAAGGAAUCUAAAUAAAUAACUUCUAAACAACCUCCUUCUGAAUCGCAUUACCAAAAAAUAUGUUCAAAACUAAAAGACAGAAAUAAAGUGUGAAGAGAUAAAAAAUGAGGUGAAAAAAGUAAGAAUUGACCCAAAUAUUUAAGGAUAGUCUUUCUAUUAGCAAGAGGCAAAAUAGAAAAAUGAAAGUGUAGAUAAAAUUAGAUUUCUUUUUAGUGAAGAAACUGAUAAAUUUUCUAAGACUACAUUGAAUUCUUUUAAGAAUGUCGGCACUCAAUUCUUUAGGUUGGGAAAUGUUAUUGAGUAUGAUUAGCUUUUAAGAGAUAUUAUAAGUGAAAUUUUUCAUCCUCAGGGUAUCCUAGAUGAAAAAAAAAUAAACUCAAUCAAUGGCGAAACAGAAUUUGAUCAGGAAAGCUACAAUUAUCUUGAAAAGGCUUUGUUGGAUAAUUAUACAUUCUGCAGUUAAAAAAUAGAAGAAUUACAAACUAAAAUUAAAGAGGAAAGAUUAUAUUAAACAAAUAUUUCUCAAGAACUAAAGAAUACUCAUGAACAAAUGGUUUCGUAGCUUGCCAGAAUUGACCUAGAUGAAGAGCUUUUUUUAAACGAAAUUAAUAGCUCCAAUAAUUCAUAAAUAUUUUUUCACUCUAUGUCUACUAAAAUGAAUACAGUACGCUUUAAAAAUGUUAACAAUUAGGAUUUCAGGAAUAAACAUAAAAAAAUUGAGGAGGAGAGAGAAGAAGUUAAAAUUUACUUUGAUACUUUAAAAAAAGCGAUAACUUAGAGGACAAAGACUUCCCUAGAAAAAUUAGAAUUGAUGGAUAAAGAAAUAUUAAAAAUAAAAUAAAAGCGAAAUACCACAAAACUAAUACUUAAAGACUUAUACCUGAAAGCAAUAAAAAGCAAUCAAUUUCCUAAGCAAAGUUUGGUUCUAAUUGUGAAAUAGCUAAUUCUAAUAAAUGAGGAGUUAAGCAAUUCGAACAUAUUACCUAGUUUUUUAGAUGAAGAUUCAAAAUAAUUUUUAAUUCAAUGGGCAAAGCUUAUGAUUGAAUAAGAUAGAAUUUAAGAAAAAAUAAAACGCCUGAAUGUAGAUGGUGUUAAUGUGUCUUAGUAGUAUCAAAGUCUCGCUAUGGAAUCAUCUAAAAUAAGUUCAAAAAAUUCUAGAGAAGCAAUUUAACAAAAAGUCCAUCGGAUGGCUAAAAGUUGCAACUAAUAGAAAUAAACUGAUUGGGGCUCAAUGACUUAAUCAAGCUAGAAUUUCUACCCAGGAGUAGAUGAAGUUAGCUAAAAUUCUUAUGUGAAAUACUAAGAGAGAAUAGCAUUUGAUUUAAAUAAAUUUUCAGAUGAUUGUAUACAAGCUGUUGGGAUUAAAAAUGAUCUUAGGCAAGAGCUUCACCAUGUAAAUGUCUUAAUAGAAAGGAUUAAAGAAAGUGAAAAGUAGCGACUAUAUCAGAAAUAUAAGCCUAAUGGUUUCGGCUACUAGUAAAAAAUAGCUUAGCUACAAUAAUCUUUAAACGCUCUAUUUGGUAAGUAAGAAUGUGAGUUAUAUAUAACUCACCAUCUUAAACAGCAGUCUCUCUAUGAUGAAAAAAUUAAUAGCCAAAAAUUCUUUAAAUUUUCUAGUAAAAAGGUUUCAUAAGACCAAUAGCAGUAUUAAACAAGCAAUUCUGUGGGUGAAGAUAGUUAUAUGUAGCAAAAGCAUUAAAUCCAACUUCCUUAAAAGAAUGUUUCAUAAACAGCAGCAGUAAAAUGGAUUGAAUAAUAAAGAAAGCAAUCAGAUAUUUAGUCUAAUCAAUAAUAAAAGUUAAAAAUUCCACAACAAAUAAUUAACAAUUAUAUGGAAAAAAAAGAUUCUAUAAAUUAAAAUAAUAAAUUAAUCUUCUAAUAUAGCCAACUAAGUAAUUAAUUAUUUAGUCAUUCAACAAAGCACACUUAAAAACAUAAUUUAGAUCAUUAGUAGCUUUUGAAUCAGCCUGGUCUUUUAGAUAAUUAUUUUUUUAAUAUUAAUCUUAACAAGAGGAGGGCUUCUGAUCACAAUUCUGGUAAUAAUUCCUAGCAUUCUCUGCUAAAGUCACCAUAGUUUUCAUAGUCAAAUUCCUAAAAUGUUAGAUUAAUUGACAAAAACAAAAAAAUUUCUACAUAAUUUUGA